GGAUUGUUUCGGAUGUGUGUUUUGUGGGUUUGAGAAAAGGAGGAUUAGGAAUGAGAAGUGAGUGAUUGAGGAGAGGCGUUCUUGGGGCGGGUAAAUGGGAGGGGAAUUUCGGGGUUAUGAGAGAGAUUACGGUGUGUUUGGGGGAUUGGUGAUGUGAGUUUACCUAAGUGACACAAGACAAGACGAGAUGAUACGAGAUGAGGCUUGUCGCGUUGAUGAUGACAAUGAUGCUGUUGGUGUGGGAGUAGGAGGCGGUGUGUUAUGACCUGUGGAAGGAGAUGAGAAGUUUGACUUCGCUGGGUAAUGGUAGGGGGAGAGGUUCUGUCUGGGCGUCUCAGAUUAUCAACACUCGCAGCUCAUCCGCAUAGAACACGGUUUGAGUUUGAAGUUAUCUCCAUGCUCUCUCUGUGAUGUCCACAGUCAAUCGGUGGAAUGGGUAGUUUUUCGAGUUCCAUCUAUUCGGAUUGAUUUAGUUCAUGUUACACGCUCAUAUUAAUCUGGGCUGAGGACUAGCGAGGACUCCCUACGUUUUUAAUUUGCUGCCCUGCACCCUGCUGGCAUGUGUUUAUCAAUCUGGUGUUCUUUGACGAUUAGUAUCAUCCCAUUUCCGCAUGCUGCGCUGUAAUAGGUGUCAUACCUUAGGCUCCCCAAGUCAAGGCUACGACUGUUUUCACAAUGCCGAAUUUGAUUAUGGCGUUUUCCUCUCCCUUCCUACUAUUGGCACUGGCGCAGUGUUGGUGAACGCAAUUGAGGUUUUGGAGAUCGCGUGGGUGUUGAUGAUCACCUCCGCAUGGGAUAUUUUCUUGUAGUUUUGGUUCUAGGUCGACUAUCCUGCAUUUGAUGCAACGUGUGUGAGGGAAGACGUAUGGAAGAUUUUAGGUCCGACACGCUGAAUCUUGCGUCAUAUCCAGGGUUGGGGAGCAAUGUAGCCAUGCCCCAUUCACAGGCGCCCGUAUGGAAGGCCGUGCAUUCAGUAAAUCCCAAAGUUGAGCCCAACGAGGUCAACAGCCUCUUAUAUUCAAAUAUGAAGCGGAGGAAUGAGUGUGAAGAACACCACGUCGAGAUGAACGGCUGGAAUGGAUACACGAAUUCAGAUCUGAGCCCUGCUCCAACUCCCACAGGUCCCAGGGGUAGAGGCAGCCGUGCUAAGACAGUGAAGCAGACGAAGAAUGGCCCGCAGACUCCAGGGCCUUCAGGCAUUGGCUCUCCCACAAGCAGUGCACCGACUCCUACCAGCACCUGUCGCUACGACAGCUCUCUUGGUCUCUUGACGAAGAAGUUCAUUGACCUUAUAAAGCAAGCAGAUGAUGGAGUAUUGGAUCUCAACAAGGCUGCAGAUACUUUACAUGUACAAAAGAGGAGGAUAUAUGAUAUUACCAAUGUAUUGGAGGGAAUUGGGUUAAUUGAGAAGAAGCUAAAGAAUCGAAUCAGAUGGAAGGGUCUAGGAAUGGUACGAAAUGCCGAAGCUAAGGAUGAUGCAGCAGGGCUACUGGCUGAGGUGGAGGACCUACGCAUUAAAGAGAAGAAGCUCGAUGAAAGCAUUAGUGAAAUGAGAGAGCGGUUGAGGAGCUUAAGCGAAGAUGAACACAAUAAGCAAUGGCUGUAUGUUACUGAAGACGACAUAAAAAAUUUGCAUUGCUUUCAGAAUGAGACACUUAUUGCUAUCAAGGCCCCUCUUGGGACGACUUUGGAAGUUCCAGAUCCAGAUGAGGCAGUUGAGUACCCUCACAGACGCUUUCAGAUUCUGCUUCGCAGCACUUUGGGACCCAUUGAUGUUUACCUUGUCAGUCGUUUUGAAGGUCGUACAGAGGUUCCCAUGGAGACUCUACCUGAUUCCCAGGAGGCCGGUCCAUCUUCAUCUGUCGAUGGCAUGAGCCAUCAAGAGAAUAUGGUUAUGGUUCCUGAGGUAGGCUAUGGCCUAUCAGAUUUGGUUCCUCCUGUUAGCCACGAGUCUGCAUCUCAGGCCCCUGAGCCCACCGGUUCUCAUCCUGACUUUGCGGGGGGGAUCAUGAGAAUAGCGCCUGCAGAGGUCAAUACGGAUACAGACUACUGGUUGCUAUCGGACGCUGGUGUUGGCAUCUCAGAUAUGUGGAGAAGUGAUCCUUCCAACGCAAUGUGGGAUGAAGUAGUCAGACUCAAUCCAGAGUUUGGAAGCGAGAACAUUGGAUCACCACGACCUCAUACUCCGCCAUCCAACAACGCCCUGGAGGUAGACCCGGUUAGUUGAGUACGGAUGCCUUUUUCAUCUACUAGGCCUAGCCUGAUACAAUAUCCAAUUACAGGUCUUAAAAAAACCGCGUGGGUGGCAGUGACCUUAAUUGUCGGUUUCCGUAAUCCGCAAAGGUUUGACGGUUAUCUUGCUUGAAUAUUGUGUCCUUCAACCUGUACACUAAGGGGAGGUCCCACACUCGCCGCACUUGUGUUAAAAUCUUCAUAGCUGGGAUAUGUGCCAAGUCUGGUGCUUAUGCAUGUUGGUGUCAGCUCUUAAAGCUGAGAAAACAGUUUUCCAACUGCUCAAGCUGCUGUGACCGUGACACCAGAGAUGUUGGUUCGGGCCAUCUUUCAUAGAGUUCGAGUAAGUAAAUGGUCCCGUUAGAAUGAACAGACUAGCACGUAGCAUGCAUUCUCUUCGGUUUAAGCUAAAAGAGCUUAUUCUGUGUAAGGUGCCUUACAAGCUGCAGGGUUCCUGCAUGAGGAAAUAGCCAACCGCUUCCUGAUUCUUUGAGAAUGUUCUUGGUGGUUUAGCACUAAGAUUUAUGGCAAGUGAAUGUAAAGUUGUGAAAUUUCUUUCUGCGAA